UCCAAAGAGUACAGGAGUCAGAAUGAGCAGCUGCUGCAGGUGAACAGCAGUCUGUCCUCAGAGGUGAGCAAACUGCACAAGCAGCUGGAGCAGGUCCAGAGUCAGCAAGCUGGAGGGGGACAGCUGUCCUCCCUGCAGGAGGAGCUGGACAGGCUGAGGGACCAGCUGCAGGAGGCAGCGGCCGAGAGGAAGAUACUGGAGGACCAGCACAGCACCGAGAAGCUGAACCUCCAACAGAGGGUGGAGGAGCUUGAGAUGGAGAACUCUCUGCUGAAGCGUGAGAAAGAAGAAUUGAACCACAAGAUUCUUCAGCACACAAAGAGAACUGAAGAGGACGGCAGCAGCGUGUCUCAGAAGGAGUCGUCUCUGCAGACGGAGCUGGACGAGGAGCGGCAGCGCUACCAGAAUCUGCUCAAAGAGUUCUCCAGACUUGAGCAGCGCUACGACAACCUGAAGGAGGAGGUGUCCCUCAGCAAGUUCCAACCCGGCCACCGCAGGAACCCGUCCAAUCAGAGCAGCCUGGAGUCGGACUCGAACUACCCGUCCAUCUCCACGUCAGAGGUGGGAGACACGGAGGACUCGGUGCAGCUGGUGGAGGUGAGUGCGGAGGUCAGUUAGUUUUGUCUGACAGGA